CUGAGGCCAUCAGCAUCGCUGUAUCUUCUCACGUAUCUUGUUAAUAUUGGGCUCAAAAUUAAAUCAAAUAAACCCAAUUAAAAGAGGGACGUUAACAAAAUUAGAAGUUUUGUUAACGCGUCCCUGGGCAUACGUGGCGAGAGGGGAUAGGAAGACCGAAGAGGGUAGAGGAAAGUUCCAGAUCGGUCUCGACUUCAUUCUCUCGUCUCCCCUUUCUCUCUCGUUAUCGACGGCGACUAGGUGAGCAGCGGUGUGUCUCUGCUCUCACAUCAAAAACUUCACCUCCGCUCUCAAUCGAAAGCUUCUCCUCCAAUUCAAAGUGUUCUCCUCCGAUUGGAAGCCUUCUCCUCCGAUUCAACGCCUUCUCCUCUGAUUGAAAGACUUCUCGUCGGAUUCAAAGGCUUCUCAUCCGAUUCAACGGCUUCUCCUCCGACACAAAGCUUCUCCUCCGAUUCAUAGGUUCUCCUCUGAUUCAUAGCUUCUCCUCCGAUUCACAUCAAAACCAGGUUGGUCUUGUAUGUGAGAUGGUCCACUUUGGAGAGUCACAACAGGCUGAUAUCCCUCCUUUUAGUUCACAAGAAACCGCGACACCAUUGACCUCUAAGGACAGAAAGAAGUGGACACCAGCUGAUGACGAGGUUAUCAUCAGCGCUUGGAUAAACACGUCUAAGGAUUCGGUGGUAGGAAAUUCACAGAAGUUAGGGACCUUCUGGUCCCGAGUAGGUGAAUAUUAUGCUGCAUCUCCACAUGCAAAACAGAGUGGUGACCGAAGAGAGCAUCUGAAUAUAAAACAGAGGUGGCACAAGAUAAACGAUUUCACCAACAAGUUCUGUGCUGCAUAUGCAGCAGCAGAGAGACAGAUCAGCUCUGGUCAGAGUGAUCACGAUGUUCUCAAGAUGGCGCACGAGAUCUACUUCGCUGAUCACAAGAAGAAAUUUACUCUUGAGCAUGCAUGGUGUAUUCUGCGGUUUGAACAGAAGUGGCUAAGUCUGAACACUCCUAAACCGACUGGUUCUUCAAAGCGAAAAGAAUGUGACACCCCGAGCCAAAGUACAAACACCACUGCUGCUGAUGAUGAGGUCCGACCUGAAGGUGUAAAGGCGGCUAAGGCUAAAAGGAACACUGCAAAAGGAAAGUCAGUGGCUGAUUAUGCGACCAUCAUGGAGAUGAAGAGGGAAGAUUGGGAGAUGAAGAAGGAUGAUUUGGACAGGAAGGAGAGACUGUCUAAGCUAGCUAUUCUAGACACUCUUUUAGCCAAAAAAGAACCACUGAAAGAGGCUGAAGAAGUUGUAAAGAAUAACUUACUAAAGCUGUUGUACUGAGAUUAGAUCGCCUCUUGUUUUAAAAAAUGUCUCUUGUUAUAAUGAAUUAAUCUAUGUCUUUUGCUUCGUUGCUACAAUGUUUGAAUCAAUAUAUUUGUUUUGCUUCAUUGUUUGAAUUAAUCUUUGUCAUUUGCUUCUCUUGUUUUAAAAAUCAUAACUGCUAUUGAUGAUUAAUACUUCGUAUUGUUUUUUGCAGGUAUUAAAACUUGACAUGUUUGUAAUAUUUGUUAUGUUCAGACUUUGUUGAUUUCCCAUGAAUGCGAUAUGUUCAGACUCACUUUCCCGUGACCACAAAAGAUACAAAACAACAGACUCAUACUCACUUUCCCGUGACCACAAAGAUACAAAACAUUAGUCACUAUUGUUUCACAAGAUGUAUAUGUCGACAAUAAACACAACACGGGGAUGAUAUAUCAUUCUCUAUAAAUAUGAGAAUGGUUCGAACAUUAUACAUAUUAAUCAAAAAUCUCUUAUACUCAACAAUCUCUUCUACUCAAUCUCAAUACCAGUUUUUUUGUUAAUAAAAAUAUGGCAUCUUCAUCUCAUUACCAUUACCAUCAAAAAGAUGAUGAUGAUGAUGAUGAUGAAUAUUCACAUCCCUUUCAAGAAUUUGAUGACUUCCCUGCUAAUAUUCCGGAACCGAAAGAGCGAAAAAAAACGUAUAUUUAUCGAGAGAAACCGGGAAGAAGGCGACCGCCAGCUAUGGAAUGAUUAUUUCUCGGAAACUCCUACAUACCCUCCCAAUAUAUUCCGACGGCGCUUUCGAAUGAGUAAACCCUUAUUCUUGCGUAUUGUCGACCAUCUCUCUACGGAAGUUGAGUAUUUUGCUCCAACAGAAGAUGCAGUCGGAAGGCAAAGUCUAUCACCACUCCAAAAAUGCACGGCUGCAAUUCGUCUAUUGGCUUAUGGUGGUGGGGCCGAUACAGUCGACGAAUAUGUCCGACUUGGUGAAACAACAGCUCGGAAUUGCUUGCAUCGAUUUUCCGCCGCAAUUAUCAACUUGUUUGGCCAUGAAUAUCUAAGACGUCCAACAUCGGAGGAUCUUGAAAGACUACUACAUAAGGGAGAAGAACGUGGAUUUCCCGGGAUGAUUGGAAGCAUCGACUGUAUGCACUGGGAGUGGAAGAAUUGCCCUACCGCUUGGCAAGGUAUGUACUCACGAGGAACCGAUAAACCAACGAUUGUCCUCGAGGCCGUAGCUUCUUAUGACCUCUGGAUAUGGCAUGCAUUUUUCGGAGCUCCAGGUACGAUGAACGAUCUUAAUAUUCUAGAUCGAUCACCUGUUUUUGAUGACAUUAUUAACGGAGUUGCUCCGGAAGUCAACUUCCAUGUGAACGGAAGGGAGUACGAUUUGGCAUACUAUCUCACUGAUGGUAUUUAUCCGGAAUGGGCGACUUUUAUAAAAUCUAUCCGACUACCACAAGGUCCAAAGCAUUCACUAUUUGCUGAAACCCAAGAAGCUGUCCGAAAAGACGUUGAGCGUGCCUUUGGAGUCCUCCAAGCUAGAUUCGCCGUUAUUAAAAAUCCAGCAAGAAUAUGGAAAAAAUCCAUGAUAUCUAAUGUUAUGAGAGCAUGUAUCAUACUCCAUAAUAUGAUUGUAGAAGAUGAACGACGUACAGACGAUCAAGAUGAGACGUUUCAAGAUGCAGAUAUUUCUUUUCUCGUUAAGGAACCUACUGAGCUUUUCAGUUCACUUGAUCGUCGAGCAAGAGUUCGGGGUAGACCAGUCCAUCAACAAUUGAAACAUGAUUUGAUCGAACAUAUAUGGGAUAAGUUUGGGUAAAAUCUCAUUUUUAAGUUUCUAUCUAUUAAAUAAAAAUUAUGCUUUUAUUUUAUGUUUUUGUAAUUUUUUUUAACUUUUGUAAUUUAUUUUUUACUUUUCUAAUUUUUUUAAACUUUUGUAAUGUUCUUAUGUUUAAUGUUAUAAGUUUUAGUAUAAAA